AUAGAUCUAAAAAUGGAUACAGAAGAAACCAUACAAAAACACGCUCGAUUCGCUCAGUUUUUGUCUUAUUUAGAACGGCAUAAGAUUUAUGAACUGUUUUUUGAAAUCAUUACAUUGUUAGUCAUGGAGAAGCCAAUAGAUCCCCUGUCUUACAUUAAAAAUUCAUUACAUCUUGCAGUAAAACGACGAGAUACAUUACGAAUUAUUUUAUUGUCUCCACCUAAUUUUGACAAAGAAUUAUUAGCUGAAUAUUUAGAAAUAAAACUUGGAAUUAAUCGUGUAUCAUUGCAAAACAUACAACCACUUGUUUCGAGUCUAACAAGAAAUUUUGCCAAAAAUGUUGAAAGAACAUUAGAAGAACAACGAUUUCAUGAAACAGGAUGGUUAUUCAUAGAUUUUCCAAGAAGUAAAUUGGAAGCCAGAGCUCUGCAGAGAAUUGGAGUUUUGCCCACUCAUGUUAUAGAAAUAGUUUGGACCAAUAAAUCAGAUAAUUCAUCUGAUGAUGAUAAUUCACUGAAUAGCUCAUCGUCAACGAGGUCCUCUCAAACGUGCGAACAAACUGAAGAAGAAUGUUACAACCUGAACAUUAAUGGUCUUCGUGAAGCAUAUGCCAAUAAAUUAACAAUACUAGAAAUUGCAGGACGAACAUAUGAAGAGCUUGGUAAUUUAAUUAUAAAAUUAACAAAAAAGCAAAGAUACUACGUUCCAUGUAUUUUCCGUGUUUUGCUCAUCGGUUCGCGAGGAUCAGGAUGUCGUUCUGUGGCUCGUUAUCUUUCACAAAGAUAUGGUCUUGUCCAUAUUGACUUUGACUAUCUCUUGGAACAAACAAGGAAGCAAAAUUUUCCAUUAGGUAAAGAACUAAGACGUAUAGAAGAUCGGUGGGGUACAUUGCCAAAGUCUGACAUAAGGAUUAAAGUAGUCGAGAAUAAAUUGAUGAGCCAUGAGUGUAUCAAAAAAGGAUGGGUUUUAACUGGAUACCCUCUCACAGUUAAAGAUUUUCAGCUGCUGAAUUCGCUUACGACACCUCCAAACAGGAUUAUUUUUCUUAACGUCGAUCAAAUGACAUGCAAAGAACGAUUAUUAUCACGUCGAUUUAAUUUAUUAACCGGUAGUGAGCAUCAUCUACCAUCGGAUGAUUUCCAUUCUUAUGAAGGUUUGGGUAUUCGUCCUAAAGACAUCAGAAGUCAGGUCGAACAGGAUCUCGAGGAAUAUCAGAAAAACAUCGGAAUGUUGUUAGAGUAUGCUGGUGAAUCAGUUAAUGUCAUCGAUGGAGUUGCUGAAAAAAGAGUAGUUCAAGAAAGAGUUGAAGCUUGUUUAGCACGGCCAGUCACAUGUGGACUCUUAAAUCAGACAGUUAAAUUAUCAAAAAAUAUCAAUUCAAAAGAAAAAAUAUUUCAUCCAGAUGAAAGUCUUAAACCCAAAAUUAGUCGUCAUUUUUAUGAAACUGAUUCAGAGUUUUCAUUAAUUUAG